UGGUCGACUAAUUUGCAACUGAAAAACUGCACCUGAAAAAUCUUAUUCACGAGUGGAAAAAGAGAGCACAAGAUUGACAGUUUUCUUUCAGCGGCAGUACUGGGUCAGCGGUAAUAUCGUACCGUUCUUUGAUGGUAAAACAAGAGCUCAGUUUUUGGAUUAAAGUGCUUUGGGUCCAUGUUCAAACUAUGUCUCUAACCAAAAAGAUAAGAUUGCAAGAGCAGGAGGCAGAAAUAAGUUUGCUGCAAGUUUGCUGGGUUUGCUCUCUUGAUAGUUCUGUAAAGCAUUGGAGUAGAGUUGCUGCCUCUCUGAAUUGUGAGGAGCCAGUUGAGGUAGUUUAGGUAUCUAACAAUGUUGCCCCUGUCUGGCUCCUGGUAGAGCUGUAUCAGGCACUUUUCACAAGACUGAGACCCCAGGGCAGACCCUGGAACUGCUGGAGAGGUGCUAUCUCAUAGUUGGCCUGGGAACAACUGGAGACCCCCAGGAGGAUGUGGAAUCUGUGGCUGGAGAUAGCAAAAUCUGGGUCAGUCUUAUCAGUUUGUUGCCAUUGCUAUGCCUACCAGGAAAAGUGAAAGGAAAAUGAAUGGCCAUAUAUGGCCAAAUGCUUCUGGACACCGGCCCGUGACACUCAUGUGCUUGUUGAACAUCCCAUUCUGCAUUUCGUCCCCCCUUUCUGUUAUAAUAACCUCCACUCUUCUGGGAAGGCUUUUCACUAGAUUUUGUAGCGUGGCUGUGAGGAUUUGCCCAUGAAAUUGGAAAAAAGUAAUCAUUCUCUGGGACUGCGAUGGGAUUCUGGUCAAUCAAGGCAUGCAGUUUGCUUUUUAAAACAAAAGAAGCUGUUUUACAGCUAACAACAAUACAUGGUAAAAUCUGCUGUUUAGAUAUUGUAAACUUGCUCUUCAUAUCCAGUGCCAAAACAUAAGAAAUUCAGUGAGGUGAGGCUGCCAGUAAAGAGACAAGGCAUUAAAUAUUCACUUCUAUAACCAACAGUGAUGCUCCUGCUGUGGAAUGGAUCAUUUCACAAAUUCACUCUGCCAGCGGAGGUGGAGACCCUUAUUGAUCGCCACAACAGCAGACAAAAAGAGUUUGCUGCCGAUAAAACCUCUGACAGCAAGACAGAAGAAGCAGCUCAGGAGUAAAGCUCCUCUUAGAUGAACUCAUCCUGCCUUUCUACUCCCUCAGUCACUGUCUUUACAACCUUACCACCUUUCACAACAUCAUCAUAGUAUAAUGGGCAGGAGUUUCACACCACUCAGCUGAACUGAUGAAGCCUCUCAGAGGAGGGAUAGAAGUGGUCUUAAACUGAUCUCGAAGAUUACGCUGCAAUUAUACCACCAGACAUCUUGACUAGAGCGAGACCCAGGUGUGACGAUGAGGAAGUUUGCAUACUGUAAAGUGGUACUGGCUACGUCUCUGGUUUGGGUGAUGCUGGAUAUGUUCAUCCUUCUCUACUUCAGCGAGUGCAACAAGUGCGAUGACAAGAAAGAGAGGGGACUCCCAGGGAGAGAGGAGGUGGUCCCAAGGCCUCAUGAAGGUCCGGGUGAAAUGGGGAAGCCGGUUGUGAUUCCCAAAGAGCAGCAAGAGAAGAUGAAGGAGAUGUUUAAGAUCAACCAGUUCAACCUGAUGGCCAGCGAGAUGAUCGCACUCAACCGUUCACUGCCCGACGUUCGGCUUGAAGGAUGCAAAACGAAGGUGUAUCCGGAUGACCUGCCGCGCACCAGCGUGGUCAUCGUGUUCCACAACGAGGCGUGGACGACAUUACUGCGCACUGUGCACAGCGUCAUCAACAGAUCCCCUAGACACCUGCUGGAGGAGGUGGUGCUGGUGGAUGACGCCAGUGAGAGAGACUUCCUGAAGAGGCGUUUGGAGCAGUACGUGCGGACGCUGGAGGUGCCGGUGCGGAUCGUGCGGAUGGAGCAGCGCUCCGGUCUGAUCCGUGCUCGUCUAAAGGGGGCGUCGCUGUCCACCGGUCAGGUCAUCACCUUCCUGGACGCUCACUGCGAGUGCACUGUGGGCUGGCUGGAGCCGCUGCUCGCUCGCAUCAAGCAAGACAAACGAACGGUGGUGUGCCCCAUCAUUGACGUGAUCAGCGAUGACACGUUUGAGUACAUGGCGGGUUCGGAUAUGACGUAUGGAGGAUUUAACUGGAAACUGAACUUCCGCUGGUACCCGGUUCCUCAGAGGGAGAUGGACCGCAGAAAAGGAGACAGAACACUGCCUGUCAGGACUCCUACCAUGGCAGGUGGACUGUUCUCUAUAGACAGAGAUUACUUUGAGGAGAUUGGAACGUAUGACGCAGGCAUGGACAUCUGGGGAGGAGAGAACCUGGAGAUCUCCUUCAGGAUCUGGCAGUGUGGUGGGACGCUGGAGAUCGUGACGUGUUCUCACGUGGGACACGUUUUCCGUAAGGCCACGCCGUACACGUUCCCCGGGGGCACAGGCCAGAUCAUCAACAAGAACAACAGACGCCUGGCUGAGGUGUGGAUGGAUGAGUUUAAGAAUUUCUUCUACAUCAUUUCACCUGGAGUGACGAAGGUGGACUACGGGGACGUCUCAUCCAGGACCAUGUUGAGACAGAAGCUGCAGUGUAAGCCAUUCUCCUGGUACCUGGAGAACAUCUAUCCUGACUCACAAAUCCCACGCCACUACUACUCCCUAGGAGAGAUCCGUAACGUGGAGACUAACCAGUGUCUGGACAACAUGGCGCGGAAAGAGAAUGAAAAAGUGGGCAUCUUCAAUUGUCAUGGCAUGGGAGGCAACCAGGUUUUCUCUUACACAGCCAAUAAGGAGAUCCGAACAGACGACCUGUGUCUAGACGUGUCCAAACUGAACGGGCCUGUGAUGAUGCUCAAGUGCCAUCAUCUGAAAGGCAACCAGCUGUGGGAGUACGAUCCUCUGAAGCUGACCCUGGUGCACGUGAACAGUAAUCAGUGUCUGGAUAAAGCGUCGGAGGACGACAGCCAGGUCCCCAGCGUCAGAGACUGCAGCGGCAGCCGCUCACAACAGUGGCUCCUACGCAACGUCACACUGCCCGAAAUCUUCUGAGCACACACCGCACGCACAUGAGGACGUACGGAGAGACGGACGGACGGACACACUCUUCACACCAGCUCUGGUGGAGAAAGAAGAAAAGGAGAGCGAGGGAGGGAGGGAGGGAGGGAGGGAGAAAGCUGGAUGAUCUCUCUACACUAUCCUUUCACUUCCUGAUGGUGUGGUCUUGAGCCAGAAUAACAGACAUACACGUGUACAUGAAUCUCCCCAUCACUCCACUUUACUGACACCCACAACGAGAUGGAGAGAGCAGAAGAAGAAGAAGAAGAAGAGACUGUAUUUUACGCAGAGAAACUUAGGAUCAGUGGCCUUGUCUUCCUUUAAGGAGCAGAGGGUGAUUAGGUGAUGUUUACCAGUUGCCUCCUUUGUAGAAUAUCAGAAUAUUGUGUGCAUGUGUGCGCGUGUGCGUGUGUUUGUGUGUGUGUGUGUGUGUGUGUGUGUGUGUGUGUGUGUGUUGCUGAGACAGAGAGAAAGACUGUAUGUGGCUACACUGUGGCUUUUUAAUUUAAUUCUUUCACAAGUUUAACAAACAUUGAGCACAUUUAGAUUACAACACAUAUCAGUAGCUGCUUUCAUGAUCUGUUCUCUGAUUGGUCAGCGUAGGAGCGAUGGACUUCCCCAACAGCUUAGCUUCAUCUAUCAGUCUAAUUAAAAAAAAAAAAAAAACCCACAGUGGAAAACGAACGAAAAUAUCAGAUUAGUAAACAAUGAACAGGGUGACUGUCUUAACCAAUAAUUAUGUAGAAUCGUUUGUGUCUUUUAUAUAUAUUUUUAAUGAAGGCCCCAAAGUCAUUCCUUGAAUUUUGACUAAAUAUAUUUAGUUUAGUUGCAGUUUGUAAGGUGUUUGUUGCUUUGUUUUGUUUUUUUUUAGUGCUAACACACAGACUUGCCCAGAAGUGGGUUAACCCUGAACUUUUGCCUUCCUCUGCAGUGAAGCUUUUCUGAUUCGUAGGAACUACAUUGCGCAUAAGCACAGGGAUUUCAUUAAGGAACGAGGGAGUCUUUAUUCUGUUGUCGAAUCAUGUAUCAUUUACAAAUUCAAGGGCUUAGCCUUUCUGUUUGUGUGUAUGUGUGUGUUUUUCUGUGUGCACAUAUUGUCUUUUUCUGUAUGGAAAUUGUUACUGUUUUAUGUCUGUGUAGAUCCUGUAUUUAAAUUUAUUCACACACACACACACACACACACACAAUCACUUCAUUUUUUUUUUUACUUGUGCAAAGGCCAAAAGAGAUUCAGCUAGCAUUUUACAUUUCAUCCAAUUAUUCAUUGCAUUUAAUUGACUUUUUAUAUUGCUUUGUAAAAUCAUGUCUUACGUUUAUGUUUUGUGUCUUUACCUGGUUCUCAUAUCAAUGGAGGCUGCAAAAAAAAAAAGGAAAAAAAAAAAGAGAUUGCUGCUUAGCACUGACUGUGGAUGAGAAAGACAGACCCCCCCCCCCUCUCUGCUUCAACGUUUCUCACCCUCUGUAAUCCGGAUGAAGGACAAGCAGAACGUUUUCCCAGAAAUACAGACUCAUAAUCGCGUGAUGGAAAAGGAAUGAGUGCAAACAGAUACUCUUGUCAGUGUGUGUGUGUGUGUGUGUGUGUGUGUGUGUGUGUGUGUAGGUCAGAGAGGGGCAUCAGAGAGAUCUACCCAUCAUCCCACUCCUUCAGUCCCUCAUGGACUACUAGAGUUUACACAGUUUUUUUCCCCCUCCGUCUGAUGUGACCGGGCGUCAUCUCUACAGAGGGGUGUGUGCAUGUGCGUAUGUGUGUACGAGUGUGUGUGAGAGCAGCAUGCAUGUGUGUUAGUGUUUCUAACUGUCAGAGGGAUUUUUUUUUUUUGCUUUUUUCUUUAAAGCUGAAUGAUGGUGUGGCCUGAUGAUUGACAGGUCACAGCACACAGAGCUUGAUCCACAGGCUGGAGAAAUAAACAGAGAAAGUUUACAGUCCAGCAGA